GUCAGCACGGUAGGUUGCGCAAGUGUAGUAGGGGUUGGCUUCACUUAAAAAAAAGCUGCUCUUGUUGAAAGUUGGUGGUACUGGCACCGUAUGGAGGAGGCAGGCGGCAGCGGCAGCGGCGGCGGCUGCUCCAGCUCCAGCUCCAGGCUUUGAUUUGCAACACUUGUGUGUGUGUGUGUAUGUGAGAGAGGAGAGCUCGCUGGACGCUCGACGAUGAACGUGGAGGUGGCUGUUCUGCUCUUCCUGGCCCUUUGGGUUUGUGUUUGGACGGAAGAUCCCGGGAAAGUAGUUGCUGACCGCUACGCCGUGUACUGGAAUAGCACCAAUCCCAGGUUUCACAGAGGUGACUACACAGUGGACGUCUGCAUCAAUGACUAUCUCGACAUCUACUGUCCCCACUAUGACGACUCGGUGCCCGAGGAAAAGACAGAGAGCUACAUUCUCUACAUGGUGAACUUCGACGGCUACAGGAGCUGCGACCACAAGGACAAUGGCUUCAAACGCUGGGAGUGCAACAGGCCACGCACGCCAAACGGUCCCCUGAAGUUCUCCGAGAAGUUCCAGCUCUUCACACCGUUUUCCCUAGGCUUUGAGUUUCGACCCGGAAACGAGUAUUAUUAUAUAUCAUCUCCUCAUCCUAACAUUAUUGGGAAGCCCUGCUUAAAGCUAAAAGUAUAUGUCAGACCAACAAACAGUUGUAUGGAAGCAGUAGGCUUGAAUGAAGGUGAUUUCGAUGUAAACAACAGUUCAGUUGAAGCUUCAGAUGAUUCGAUAUACGAGUCGCCCGAGCCCUAUCACAAUAACGACGGGAUCACCACUUUUCGGAUCUCUUGGUUCCUCCUGGCAGUGACCAUCAUCCUGUUAUUCCUCACGUCAUAGC